CAGAGAAUGGGAGAUUAAAGAGCAAAACCAAAAGGAGUUAUCUAGAAGGUAGGAUCAAAACACAGUUAGAUACGGGCAGAGAUAAGAAGCUUCCUGAACUUAAGAGGCUUCUGAAUAUGAAGUGCUUUGAUUGGCAGGAAAACAAAUGGGGAAGAAAAGGCAAAGUAACCAACUUCAAGUUUUUUGCGUGUAGUUUCAAUUUAGAGUUAGAACAGAGGAUGAGAAGUAUACCUUUCUAAUUGUAGAAUCUUAAGGGGAAAAAGAGAGAGACAGAACAAUAUCUGAGUUUGGAAUGAGGAUGAGUCGCUAAAAUGGUAAAGAUGCUUCCAGAAGUAAGUACACUUCUUGACUGGUUUUAAUCCUUCAAAAAACCCUGCUGAGUGAAAUAUUAGUGAUCUACUUUGGCUCCUACCUGAAGGAGCUCUGGUGCAGAGAAGCGCUCAAGAGCCCAGGACGAGUCAGCUCUGGGCCGAAGGCCCCGCUGCUCCUUGGUGCUGACUGAGUACUGCGGGGAGAUUGCCAGUGACAGAAAGGGGUGAGGCGAAGAGGCCACGAAAAACAGCAAGGCUUCACCAAGAUACACUGGGAAAGAACUGAGAGCCAGCAGAAUUCUCACGUCUCAAGACCAUCUACCCAAACGGCUUCCAGAGAUGGAUUAUCUUAUUUUCCUCUUGGCUAUUCUUCAUGUAUACAAAGUUCUGUGUGAAGAGAUGUUUUGGGACACAACUGUUAAACUUGCCAAGAAUAUGACUCUAGAAUGUGUGUAUCCUUCAACGGACACCUUAACCCAGAUGGAGUGGUUCAAGGUCAAUGCAAUGGAGAAAGAGUCCCUAGUAAUUUUUAACCCUACUUACGGAGCGAUCAUAAGACAGCCUUAUGCUGAUAGGGUUUACUUUUCAAAUUCAACCGUGACUCCUAAUGAUAUGACCCUGUCCUUUCAUAAUGCCUCUGAAGCUGAUGUUGGCUUCUAUUCCUGCUUUCUUCAUACUUUCCCACAUGGACCUUGGGAAAAGGUGAUACAGGUGGUUCCACCCGAUAGUUUUGAGAUAGAUGCGCCAUCAAAUAGCGACAUACUCUCAGAACCUGGGAAAAAUGUCACACUUACCUGUCAGCUUCAAAUGAAGUGGCCGUUGCAACAAGUUACGUGGGAAAAGAUCCAGCCCCAUCAGAUUGACCUCUUAACUACCUGCAACUUGUCCCAAGGGAAAAGUUACACUUCAAAGUUCCGAAGACAGAUCCUGAGUAACUGUAGCCAGGGAAUGAGAAGGGCCUCCAUCGUCCUGCCCCACGUCACGGCCUCUGACUCGGGACUUUACCGCUGUCGCUUCAAGGCCAGCACAGGAGAAAAUGAAACCUUCGUGAUGAAAUUGACCAUAACCGAUGGUAAAACUGAUAACCGACAUAUCCUCUUCGUGGCUGGAGGGACAGUUUUAUUGUUGCUGUUUGUUAUCCUGAUUACCACCAUCAUUGUCAUUCUUUAUAAAAGAAGGAGAAGGAGAGAGAAAAGAGUUCUAGUUAAAGAGUCGUGGGACACACAGAAUAAGGCGUCCAACAACUACAGAAGUCCCAUCUUUACCAAUCAACCUUCAGAUGACGCAAGAGAAGAUAUUUAUGUUAACUACCCAACCUUCUCUCGGAGACCAAAGACUAGAGUCUAAGCUUUUUCCUUGAUCUGAGCAAAUGAUGAUGACUAUUAUAUACAUGGAUCUUUAUACAAUUUCUUCCCACUACUCAGUGUCUAGUUUGGAUACUAGUUGACUGAAUUUAUUUCAUUUGUUAAGAAAAAUAGGGCAUUACCUGGAAAACAUUCUUAACAGAAAUUUUUCAGAAAACCUGACUUUAAUUACCUGUACAUAAAAGGAAACUUAUUGAAUUAUGUAAUGGAACAAUCCGUGGGAAAUCAAGCUUCAGGCAAGCAUUAUUUACCAGGGCUUGCUCGUUGUGUCUAGAAUUAAGUAUGGGCACAAACUAGUUUCUGCAUCCCCUUUCACUGUGUUGGAUCCACUUCUUUGGUGUUAGCCUAACUCUCAUUCAGGCUUUUCCCUUGUGUUUCCAAGAUGACUGCCCAAAACUCUUGGAAAUUCAUCAUCCUUGUUUCUGUCUGGUGGAGAGUUUUCUUCUCUGAUAGAGCAAACAAAUUCAGUUAUUUGUCCAUCAUUAAACAGUCAUCAUGGUCAGAAAGGAUUAAGGGUUCACCUCUAGAGCUAGAAGUGGGUCCAAAGCACAGUGCUGGGAAAUCCACAGUAUCGUUAGAAGAGGGAAAGGGGAGCCUGGAAGCUGGCCUGGUUACCGACAAAUGUGGACUGCAGUGACAUUCCAGGACAUCUCUUGUUAGCCAACUAAAAAGAGAAUAUGUAGGUGGAUUUAGGUUAGCUCUCUCUCUACCCUCUUCUAGAAUAUGCUUUAUCAGCUUAGUCCGUAAGUGUAGUUGGCAGUAGAAUAAAUGAAUAGUCAAGAGAAAGAUAAAUAUGACAAGGAAAUCUCUUCUCUUUCUAUUCUAAAAUAAAUUCAUCUCCAGUUUCAUACAGAAUUCUUUUUUUUUUUCUUUUUU